AUGGGUAGAAAGAAAAAGACUGGAAGAGUCGGGGUAAGUGACCGUACUACCAAGCUAUUGAUACAAAUUUUGCUAUUUUCAGUCGGAUGUCGCGAUUUGUCGAAGUAACAUUUUGGAAGUACUUCCCAUGUUGUACAAUGAAAAAGUGGUACCGGCCGAAAGACGCCAUAUUUUUGACCAAUUUCACAAUCCGCCGUUGACGAAAGGCGAGUUCCACAGUGUCCCCAUGAUACUGCUUUUGGGUCAGGUAUGUUAAAGGUAACGUAGGGUUUUGUAGAAUAUGGUAGUAUAGAUUGAGGUAGAGUAGGGUACCGUAGAAUAUGGUAGGGUAGGACAGAAUAUGUAGAGUUGAGUCGGGUAGGGUAGAGCAGGGACAGGUAGGGUAGGCUAUGUUACUUUAUAAUAACGAAAAAUAGAGUAUGUUAUGGUUAGAGUUAUUGAGAGUAAAAUAAACCGCGCUAAGGUUUCUUUGGAGCAAAGGAAGGGUUACUGUAUUUUUUCGGAAAAAUUUUACAUUUUAGUAUUCUGUGGGAAAAACGACGAUGGUCAAAUAUCUGAUAGGAAAAAACUACCCUGGGGCUAAAAUCGGACCAGACCCGACGACGGACACCUUUACAGUAGUACAUUACGGUGAAAACGAUCAUGAAGUUAUGGGUGCUACGCUAAUGGCUGAUCCUUCGAAACCAUUUCAAGUAAGCCAAAAAUACUUUUUUAGCCUAAAGGCUUAUGUUUAGGUAUGAAAGUUUAUUAUUAAGCCUAUAUUUGAUUGGUAGGCUUAACAGUUUACUUAAAGCAUAGAUUUUAAAGUUUUAAGCCUAGAAUUCAAUUUUUAUGCCUGAAGGUUUACCUUUAAGCCCAUCCUUUAAUUUCUUAACCUAAUGUUUCACUUUUAACCCUUAAAUUGUAUUAACCAAGCCAUUUCAGUCCCUCAGUUCAUUCGGAGCAACUUUCGCAACUCGAGUUCGAGGAGCCGCCGUCAACUCGACCCUUCUGAAGCACAUGAGCAUUAUUGACACACCAGGCAUAUUAUCAGGUGACAAACAAACCAAAGACCGUAGUUAUGACUACUCAGCCGUGGUACGGUUUAUAGCUGACAAAGUGGACUUGAUUAUCCUUGUUUUUGACAUUUCCAAGCUCGACAUUAGUGAUGAGUUCAAGUUCAUCAUGCAGAACAUGAAGGGAAACGAAGAAAAGGUAAGAUAUGACAUUGUUUGGUUGUAUUUUUAGGUUUUGUGUGUCGAAAAGUUUGUAGAAGAGUGUGUAAGCCGCGUCAAAAAUAAUUGAGCUAUUUGUUAUCAGAUUAUAUAGUAAAAUAGUCAAUUCUUUAUGACGCGAGAAAUAAGUAAUGCACAGUUUUAACUUUUUGAUGAAUUUAAACAUCUUCUAUGAACUUUUUGACCGUCUAUUAUCUAUAUCACAAAAUUUUGAGCCAGUAUCAAUACGAAUAUUGAAAUGUAAUUAAAUAUUUUAGAUAAGAAUAGUACUCAACAAGGCCGAUACGGUAGACCAACAGCAUUUGACUCGAGUACGAGGCGCGUUGAUGUGGAUGCUGAGCAAAGUCAUAUUGACUCCGGAAGUGCCACGGGUUUACAUUUGCUCAUUCUCGACCGAAGUCUUCAAACGAGACGUGCCACGCCGCUUUCACCGUGAUUACAUUGAGCUUUUCGAUAUUAUUCAGCGCCUACCUUCGCGAGCGAUGGCCAGAAAAGUGAACGAUGUGAUUAAAAGGGCAAGACAAGUUUGGAUUCAUGCAUUGGUUAUGCACGAGUGCAUGAGAAAAUGGGUAGGGUAAUUUUGCUUUUGGAUUUGAAUUUUAGGCUUAAAAAUGAAAUCUUAUGUUUCAAAAUUAAAUUUAGGCUAAAAAAGGAAAUUUUAGGCUUCUAAAUGACAUUUUAGGCCUAAAAAUGAAUUAUAGGCUUAAAAACGAAAUUUUAGGUUAAAAAUGAAAUUUAGACUUAAAAAUGAAUGUUAGAUUUAAAAAUUAGUUUUAGGCUUAUAAAGGGGAUUGUAGGCCUAGAAAUGACACUUUAGGUUUAAAAUGAACUUUUAGGCCUAAACUACUAUUUUAGGCUUAAGGACUAAAUUUCAAGCCUAAAAAUUAAGUUUCAACGGAUAUUUUCAGUGGCGAAAAUCAGAAGCGAAUCGCGCAAUAGCUUUGUCUCCGGGAAAGCUGGCCAAAACAUUGUACAAUGUUCGGAUCCAGUCCAAGCUGAAUGCCGGUGACAUGCCUAUUCUCGAGUUGUUCAAAUUGCGUGGCGAAGAGAGCAAUUUGAAGGCAUGGCACAAAAUCAACGGUAGAACGAUGGAUUUGCUGGAGGAUUUUAUCCAAUUUGAUGUCCCGAAGUGGGGUUUUUACUUUUUAGAAGCAAUAUAGCUUUAAUGUACCCUACCAUAACUUAUUUUGUCUUAACCUGUCUUACUUUACCCUACUCUGCCAAACAAAGUGAUCUUUUAGGCUUUUGGUACUGUUCGACCACAACGAAAACCCACCAGACCCACUGAAAGAGUACUUUUUGGCGCUUCAGAAGCGGUGCAGGAUCCGUGAAGUCAAGAAGCACGAUGGUAGCAAGCAAGGCUUCCUAAAACAUGUCACUCCCAAGAUUAACGACCCAAAAAGCAAGUCCAAGAGCAAGAAAACCUCGAAAAACAGCAAGAAAAGCACCAAAGAGAACAGUCAGGACAGCAAAGAGGACAAGAAGAGCGGCAAGGAAGAUAAGAAGAGUAAGAAGAGCAGUAAGGAAGGGAAGAAGAGUAAAAAGGAAAGUAAGAGGAGCAAGAAGGAGAGUAAGAAGGAAAGUAAGAGAAGCAAGGAGAGCAAGAGGAGUAGCAGCAAGGAAAGCAAACAAAGCAAGGUGAGCAACAACGAAAGCAAACAAGGCGAUGUGAGCAACAAGGAGAGCAAGGUCAGCAAAGUCAGCAAGAAAUCCAGCGCCAGCAAUUAA